CCGCGCGGUGGCAGGAGGUGGUCGGGCAAUGUCACUUGUGCUGCUGGGCCUGGCCGCACUGUGCAGGAAUGUCUUGCUUGGAGAGCCGACUAUCCAGUGUGGCUCUGAAAACGGGCCAUCUCCAGAGUGGCUGGUCCAACAUACCCUGACCCCGGGGGAUUUGAGGGACCUCUGGGUAGAACCUGUUAAAACCAGGGUCGCGACGGACUACUCGGUUUUGAUGAACAUCAGUUGGGUUCUCCGGGCAGAUGCCAGCAUCCGUGUGUUGAAGGCCACCAAGAUCUGCGUGGCAGGCAAGGGCAGCCUCCAGUCUUACAGCUGUGUGCGGUGCAAUUACACUGAGGCCUUCCAGAGUCAGACCAGACCCUCGGGGGGUAAGUGGGCGUUCUCCUAUGUAGGCUUCCCUGUGGAGCUGAAUACACUCUACUUCAUCGGGGCCCAUAACAUCCCCAAUGCAAAUCCGAAUGACGACGGCCCUGCUCUCUCCGUGAACUUCACCUCCCCAGGCUGCCUAGACCACAUCAUGAAAUAUAAAGAGAAGUGCAUCCAGGCAGGAAGCCUGUGGGAUCCCAGCAUCACUGCCUGCAGGAAGGAUGAGAAAACCGUGGAGGUGAACUUCACCACAUGCAACUCCACACAUGGCAGCAAGUACAGGGUCCUCAUCCAACAGGACACGGUGAUCGGGUCCUCCACGGUGACGGAGGUGCACCAGGGCAGACAGACACGAACAUCUGUUGAGAUCCCAGUGAGUAAGGAAAGCGACGGAGCUGUGGUUCAGCUGGUCCCGUACUUCCGUACCUGUGGCACCGACUGCAUCCGACGCAAAGGAACUGUGGGGCGCUGUCUGCAGCCAGACGUCCCCAAUAAUGGAAGUGUGCUGGAAGGCUGGCUGCCUCUGCUCCUCGUGCUGCUGCUGGCGGCUGUGUGGGUGCUGGUGGCUGGGGUCUACCUACGGUGGACACGUGGCAGGAAGUCAGUGGCUGCACCUCCAGGCACCAGGCCGCUGCCCCUCCUUAAGGUGCUGGUGGUUCACCCGCCGGAAGUGUGUUUCCAUCACACAGUCUGUAGCUUCGUCGAGUUUCUCCAGAACCACUGCAGGAGCGAGGUCAUCCACGAGAAGUGGCAGCAGAAGAGAGUGGCAGAGGCAGGCCCCGUGCAGUGGCUCGCCACCCAGAAACAAGCCGCCGAUAGGGUCAUCUUCCUGCUAUCCAAUGAGGUCAGCGCCCAGUGUGACAGCACCUGCUCCUGGGGUCAGGGCGGCCGGCGGGAGAGCUCGCAGGACCUGUUUCCUCUCGCCUUUAAUCUCUUCUGCAGCGACCUCGGGAGCCGGGCUCUCGCACACAAGUACGUGGUGGUCUACUUUGGAGACCCUCAUGUGGCAGAUGGUUACAGUGCUCUCAGCAUCUGCCCCAGGUUCCACCUCAUGAAGGAUGCGGCUGCUUUGCGUGCAGAACUCCUCCGCGUACAGUGGCAGGUGCCAGUAGGGAACAGGUCUGGAGCCCGUCCCAAGAGCUGCACCCGCCUGUAGCUCACUCAGGAGAAACAGAAAUGAUUGAACCUCCUGCCCGGGCCCAACGCAGUAGCCUAAGCAGAUA